GUCCGAUACGCCAUGACCCCGGAACUCAUAAACAGCUUCAAGAAUCAAAAACACAGUUCGCUUUCCGGAAAACAGGUUGCAAGAUUUACGACGUUAAACUUUCUCGUAAUGCGCUUCUGGUUCUACAAAUCCUGUCCCUUUGAGAGAUCAGUCUCAUUAUGUGCUGGAAACUCAAUUGCUGCCUCAAUUAUACCAUUGUCUUCUCCGAGGUGUACCAUGCAGCGGAAGGGGAUGCAAUUACAUGAAGAAUUGGCUUUUGUUGGUUGCGCAACUGAUGUACGGGUUUGGGCAAGCCUCAUUGAGCCCCUUGCAAACACAACCGUUACUCGUAUCCAACUGGCUGUGGCUGUUGCCAAACACUAUUUAAGACUUCGCUGAGGGUUUAUAUCUUCUUUAGUCUCAUUUUACACCAUCCACCGCCACGACUGACAAAGACGAUCGGGCUGCCGUUACAUAAUUUCACGUGAUCAAAUCAUUAAUAGGCAGGCAAUUUACCUUGAGGUGCUUUGCUCUCCUGAGAAAAAAGGAAAAACGUUAUCAUGUCUCAGGGUGGAGGUAACCAGGUUCGAUUGAGUUGUGAUGAUGACCCUAACAUAGGGUACAUUGAAGGCAUUAUGGCAACUAUCCUCUCGAAACUUCCAGUGACUUCUGUGCUAAAGUUUAAAGUAGUCUCGAAGUUUUGGAAUAAGCUGAUACGUAACCAACAAUUUGCUCAGCUGCAAUUUAGCUCUUUCCCAAAAACACCAAAGCUAAUUUUGUAUGUUUGUGGUAACAACUCUGGGGGCCGUAGCAAGCUGUACUUGAUGGAAAGAAGUGGAAGACUUAGCAAGCCGUAUGUGAUGGACAGAAGUGGAAGAAUCAGACCUUAUUUGACCUUUCCUAAUCUUGACCGGAGCAGCUCUUUACAAUUGAUCUCUUGCUUCAAUGGUCUAUUAUGUUGCACUAAAUCAGUGGGAACAGAAGACUUGGACAUCCAAAUCUGCAAUCCUGCCACUCGGGAAGUACUAGAGGUUCCCAAAGGUAGCCCAUGUGCUGAAACUCCAUCAAUUGGAGUAGUCUUUGAUCCAGAUACAAACAAAUACCAAAUCUUGCGUUUUGUUUCUGCUGCAUCUGGAUCUGAAGUCAGUACUUGCAAGUGUGAAAUUUAUACACCUGAAGGUGGAGAUUGGAGAAGCAUUCCUGAUGUUGUGCAAGGUCCUGUAGCUAACCCUGCUUGUCCCUCAUUCCCAACUCAUGCAUGUGCUGGAGGAAGGAUGUACUGGUUGGUCUGGUCAAAAGAAGACCGUGAGGUGCCUGAUUACAUUCUUUCCAUUGAUAUGAAUAACACCAUCACUAGAGUUGAGCUACCAGGGGGUCCGGAUGACCCAGAUGAAUUCAACAUAUUUACAUUCUUGGUUGACUAUGAAGGUCGUUUGGCACUUGUGUGUGUGGAUGAUGAUGAAACUUAUGUGGAUAUAUGGUCAUUGAUAGACCCCAGUGAAUCAACUUGGGUUCUUGAAGGGUGUGCUGAACUUCAGAUAGAUGGUUUUCUUGAGGGCAUCAACUCAAUAGUUUCCGUAGAAAAUGAAUUGCUCUUUAUUAUGAAGCCUGGUUUUGGCACAUCCUUUGGCUUCCACUUCCUCAACUUGGCUGACUGGACUUGGAGGACCCCUAUUCGUCGUAGGUUCCGGAUGGGAAGCUCUGAACCUGUUGCAUUUCGGUAUACUGAAAGCCUUUUGAGAUGUGAUGCAACCAAUGAUACUGAGUAGCACAACUUCUGGUGCAGUGAAGAUUGAUGUUGGUGAAUGGCUGAUGGGCUUGGGUCGGUUGGAGGAAGAUGUAGGGCUUGAACUACUUAUAUUUGGGCUGCGUUGGCGCUCAGGUUGUCGGUGUCUGGGCUGGCUGAUGAAACAGUUGGUUUAUAGUAUCCCUUUCUUUUCUUCUUGUAGUAGUAAUAAGGAUUUAAGGAUUUCCGAAGUUAUUUCUCUACAGAUUCUAAGUCUGAGAGGUUUGGUUUUGCUUAAGGAUUUCUACUACAUCUGCUAAUUUCUGCUUGUUUUAUGAGAAGGAUUCUGGACCUGUUUCUCUCUCUGUCCUCUUUUUUCUAUAUGGAAGUUAUGAUGACAAAUGAAAAUA